AUGGCCCCCACAGGUAUUGCCAUCCUCGGCUCUGGCAUUUUCGCUAAAGAAGCUCACCUCCCCGCGAUUGCAACCGUGGGCCCCUCGGUCGUCGAGCUCAAAGCGAUCUACUCCCGCUCAGAGAAGGGCGCGGCGUCGCUCGCGGAGGACGCGCAGGCAGCGCUGAAGCUCGCGUCGAGGCCGGAUGUGUACUUCGAUGCCGCUCCUAACGGGAACCUCGACGCGCUCCUUGCGCGCCCCGACAUCCAGGCCGUCAUCGUCGUGCUCCCGAUCACGACACAGCCGGGGAUAAUCCGCAAGGCGUUAGCAGCAGGCAAACACGUCCUCAGCGAGAAGCCAGUCGCGCCGGAUGUCGCGUCCGGCCUGGAGCUCAUCAAGGACUAUGAGACCGACUACAAGCCGAAGGGCUUGAUCUGGCGCGUCGCGGAGAAUUUCGAGACGGAGACGAGCUACCAGAUAGCCGCGAAGGCGAUCAAGGAUGGAAAGAUAGGGAAAGUCUCCUACUACAACGCCCGCGUGGUGAACUACAUGGACACAAGUUCCAAGUGGUACAACACGCCCUGGCGGACCAUACCAGACUACCAGGGCGGGUUCUUGCUCGACGGAGGAGUGCACACCCUCGCGGCGCUGCGGGUAAUGCUUCCCAGCCCGAUCAAGACCGUGUCUGGCUUCGCCUCGCUCAACCGCGAGUUCCUCAAGCCCGAGGACACAAUUAAUGCAGUCGUCCAGUCCGCCGACGGCUCGCAUGGUGUCCUCGACCUCACUUGGGGCGCACCGACCGCAUCGGCCGCCGAGCACGCGUCGAAGGGCAUCACGAUCGUCGGUACCGACGGAUGGCUUUCCGUCGACUCAGUCAAGAUCCUCGACGGACCCAAGUCUGUGGGAGGCAUGCGCGUCACCGUUGUCACCGCACAGAAAGACAAGGACGGGAACGUCACCGGCGAGACGGAGGAGAUCAACGAACAGGUGUCCGAUGGAGUGCCGAACGAGCUUCAGUUCCUCGUCAAUGCGAUCAACGGGUCGGAUAACGGACUAGGGACACCUUUGGGCGCUCUGCGGGACGUUGCGUUCAUCGAGGCUGCCUUGAACAGUAAAGGGUCGCCCAUAGAUGUCGAGAAGCUGAUGAAGCUGGCGUAG